AUGGCGCCUUACUUUGGCCUUCGUGGAACGGCUUUGAGCCGAGCAAUUAUGUGGCUUGUUGUUUGUCCAGCUUUCGUGACAUAUGGAUAUAACCAAGGUGUUACUGGAGGUCUUUUGACUUUGAAGGCAUUUGCAGAGGAAUUUCCUGCGAUGAACACACUUACCACCACCGGUGCUGAGCAAACACACAACUCGACCAUUCAAGGAACCGUGGUCGCAUUAUAUACAGUGGGAGGAAUGUUCGGCUCAUUGUCAUGCAUUCGAUUGGGAGAUAUCCUUGGUCGCCGGCGAAUCAUCUUUAUCACCACCUUCAUCUCAUUGAUCGGAGCGGUCUUGAUGGCCACUUCCUUCUCCCUAGCACAGUUCAUCGUUGCUCGUUUGGUGCUCGGAUUCGGAACAGGAGGAUACGUUGCAACCGUACCCGUCUGGCAAUCAGAGAUCUCCAAAACUACUAAGCGAGGUGCCCAUGUCGUGACCGACGGAAUCUUCAUCGGUGCCGGUAUCACCAUCUCCCUCUGGAUCGACUUUGGACUCUACUUCGUGACUGGUAGCUCGGUCUCAUGGCGCUUCCCCUUGGCCUUCCAGAUCGUCUUGUCCUUGAUCGUCAUGGCUUUCGUCAUGCUAUUCCCUGAGUCCCCUCGGUGGUUGAUUAAGAAGGGACGUAUCGAAGAAGCACGAUCUAUCCUAGCAGCACUCGCCGACGUUGACGAAAACUCCGAAGAGAUUUCCCUCGAGAUCCGCGAUAUCGAAACCUCCCUCGUUCUCUCCGGCUCCGGCUCCUUCAGUAGCUUACUCACUAUGGGUCCACAACGUCUCUUCCACCGCACCGUCUUGGCAGCCACCGGCCAGAUGUUCCAGCAAAUGUGCGGUAUCAACCUGAUCACCUACUACGCCACCACGAUCUUCCAGCAAUACCUCGGUCUGGAUGCAACCCAGUCCCGGAUUCUCGCGGCAUCUAUGUGCCUGACUCAGCCGCUGGGCGGCUUUGUCGCAUACUUCACUAUCGAUCGUCUAGGUCGCCGCGUUCUCAUGCUAUGGAGUGCAGUCGGCAUGUCCGUUUCAAUGGCAAUCCUCGCCGGUACCAACUCCCUCAGCAACAACACCGCGGCGAUGAUCGCCGCCGUGGUGUUCCUCUUCGUUUUCGAAUUCAUCUUCACCAUCGGAUUCUCCGGGUUGACCUUCCUCUACGCGACCGAGGUGGCCCCAUUACAACUCCGAGCAGCCAUCAGCGCCGUCUCCACGACCGCAGUAUGGAUGUUCAACUUCCUUUUGGCAGAGGUGACGCCUGUGGGCUUUGACACUAUCUCGUAUCGAUACUACAUCAUUUUUGCCGUUCUGAACGCUGCGAUCGUGCCGGUCGUUUACUUCUGCUUCCCUGAGACUAACGGUCGAUCUCUGGAAGAAAUCGAUGAGAUCUUCAUCCAGUCGAAGAGCAUUUUCGAUCCUCCACGCAUUGCUCGUUCCUUGCCGAAGAUGCAUGUUGCCGAUACCCACGGCGUUGAGAUGAAGGAGAUGGACGGCGAUGAUGCGGGUCCGAGGAUGCCCUCCAAAGCCUAA